AUGAAAAGGUUUGGCAUAGUCAAGUUCUUUCAACCCAAGAAAAAAAGGGGGGAACUAGACACAGGUGGAGAAGACAGGGAGAGAAGAAGGGAGACUGGAGAGAAGUUAGACAAAGAUGAGCAGCACAAGAGACUGGAGCAGACCGAGGGCCAGAAGCAGACCAAGGUUCAGGAGCAGCAGGAGACACUAAGGCGGACUGAGGGCCAGAAGCAGUGUGAGGGGCAGGAGCAGCAUGAGAGACUAGAGCAGACCGAGGGUCAUGAGCAGGACGAGGGGCAGGGUCAAUAUGAGGGUCAUGAGCAGCAUGCGGGGCUGGAGCAGCCCACUGAAGAAGAGGGAAAUGUAGGACGAGAGAGAGGGCAAAUCAGUGAAGAGUGUGAAAGUGAAACUGGAGAGAUGGCUAGGAGCAGCGAAUGUCAAGCUGGCCCUCAUGAUAUAUCAAAGCUGAAGGCAGAUGAUCCGACACAACCUGUGUUAAAGGUAUUUCCCAAAACCAUGCAGGGAGGGGCAAGGAGGAGCUUCCAUGGACAGUGGUAUGAGGAAUAUCCUUGGUUGGAAUAUUCAGUGGCCAUGGACGCUGCGUAUUGCUUUGCAUGCCGGCAUUUUUCGUCUAGCAAAACUGUUUAUACCUCUUCUGCGGGAUACAAAAACUGGCGCAAGGCCACUUUCAAAGAUGGUGGCUUUAGUGUACAUUCCAAAUCUGAGGCGCAUUUGAAUGCAAUGACCACAUGGCGAGAUCAUCAAAAGAUGAUGAAACGCAACAUAUCAGUAUUAGGCAUGAUGAAUGAUGAGAAUCGCAAACAGAUAAAAGAGAAUCAACAAUACAUAAAGACUAUAGGUCAGGUAUUGCGUCUUACUGCAAUACAGAAUAUAGCUCAGCGUGGACAUAAUUAA